UAUCUGGGAUCCUCUGAUCCCUUCUGUGACUCCAUCACGUCCGAGAUGAAUCUACGUUCAGUAUUUACUGUAGAACAACAAAGGAUUUUACAGCGUUAUUAUGAAAAUGGAAUGACAAAUCAAAGUAAAAAUUGCUUUCAGCUCAUAUUACAGUGUGCACAAGAGACUAAACUGGACUUCAGUGUAGUCAGGACGUGGGUUGGCAAUAAGCGAAGAAAAAUGAGUAGUAAGAAUUCUGAAUCAGGAACAGCUGGAACACUUUCGGGUACCUCCUUGGCAGCUCCAGACCUUACAGUCAGAAAUGUGGUUAACAGUGUUCGACCUUCAAGCCAACAGUCUUCUUGGACUUCAGCCAAUAAUGAUGUCAUUCUAACAGGUAUAUACAGUCCAGCCAGUUCACAGAGUAAGCAAGGGACAACUAAACAUACAAAUACGCAGAUUACAGAAGCACAUAAAAUUCCUAUUCAGAAAACAACCAGUAAAAAUGAUAAUGAGUUUCAGUUGCAUAUUCCUGUUCAAAGACAAGUAGCACACUGUAAAAAUGCCUCCCUGCUCCUAGGUGAAAAAACAAUUAUUUUGUCAAGACAGACAAGUGUGCUAAAUGCUGGAAACUCAGUAUAUAAUCACACAAAGAAAAACUAUGGAAGCUCUUCAGUGCAAGCUUCUGAAAUGACAGUACCUGAAAAGCCAUCUGUGUGCCACCGACCUUGCAAAAUUGAACCAGUUGGGCUUCAAAGGUCAUAUAAGCCUGAACAUAUAAGUAUGGCAUCACAUAAUUUAUGUGGGCAAAAGCCAGCUCUUAGAGAUCCUUAUUGUAGAACACAAAAUUUGGAAAUUCGUGAAGUGUUUUCAUUGGCAGUAAGCGAUUACCCCCAGAAAAUUCUUGGAGGAAGUGCCACGCAGAAGGCUCCAAGCACAGCAGAAGGAAUUUGUUUGUCCAUUGCAAUGGAGACUGGAGAUGCUGAGGAUGAAUAUGCCAGAGAGGAGGAGCUGGCAUUAAUGGGAGCACAAAUACCAAGCUACUCAAGAUUUUAUGAAAGUGGCAGUUCCCUUCGAAAUGAGAACCAAAGUACAACUUUGCCUGGACCAGGAAGAAAUAUACCAAAUUCACAAAUGGUGAAUAUUAGAGAUUUGUCAGACAAUGUACUAUAUCAGAACAGAGACUACCAUUUGACACCACGAAACUCAUUACACACAGCAUCUAGUACAUUGUACAGUAAUACAAAUCCAUUACGGAGUAAUUUUUCUCCAAAUUUUUCAUCAUCAAACCAAUUGAGAUUAUCACAAAACCAAAACAAUUACCAGAUUUCAGGAAACCUUACUGUGCCUUGGAUUACAGGGUGUUCUAGAAAAAGAGCACUACAGGAUCGCACUCAGUUUAGUGACCAAGACUUAGCUACUCUGAAGAAAUACUGGGACAAUGGCAUGACCAGCCUGGGCUCAGUUUGCAGAGAAAAGAUUGAAGCUGUUGCAACUGAACUAAAUGUUGACUGUGAAAUAGUUCGGACUUGGAUUGGGAAUCGAAGAAGGAAAUAUCGCUUAAUGGGUAUUGAAGUUCCACCUCCAAGAGGAGGCCCUGCUGAUUUCUCAGAGCAGCCUGAGUCUGGUUCUUUCUCUGCAUUCACACCAGGAGAGGAAACAGGGCCUGAAGUAGGAGAGGAUAAUGACAGAAAUGAUGAAGUAUCCAUCUGCUUGUCCGAUGGAAGCUCUCAAGAAGAACACAAUGAAGUUGUUCCAAAUGAGACUAGAGCUCAUAAGAAGGAAGAGCAUCAUGCAGUAUGCACAGAUAAUGUGAAAAUAGAAAUUAUUGAUGAUGAAGAAAAUGACGUGAUAAGUAAUUCUGAAGUAGAACAAGUAAAUUCUCUCUUGGAUUAUAAGAAUGAAGAAUUCAGAUUCAUUGAAAAUGAACUAGAGAUUCAGAAGCAAAAGUAUUUUAAACUUCAAACUUUCGUUAGAAGCUUGAUAUUAGCUAUAAAAGCUGAUGAUAAGGAACAGCAACAGGCACUGCUGUCAGAAUUACCUCCUGAAUUAGAAGAGAUGGACUUCAACCAUGCUUCACCGGAGCCUGAUGAUACCUCAUUCAGUGUGUCUUCUUUAUCAGAGAAGAAUGCAUCAGACAGUUUAUGAUUUGAGGGGAGAUAUAUGAUGCAGAAUUUUUACUGCUUAACAGGUGUGCAUUUUAAGAUAACUGCAUUCUGUUACCCCAAUAUUCUUCAGUUGAAAAAUCAUAUUAUUGGAACAAAGAUAUUCUUCUGAAGGCUGGACCACAUGUAAUGGCUACAAUGCAAAAAAUGCUUUUGAAAUUU